AUGAAGGCGACGGCACAGCUCUGUCUCCCUGGAUGCGGAGUGGGCCUCGUUGCGAUGAAGGGGGCCAAAGAGACGGCCAGCGAGGUUACACCUGUCUACUCCCUUGGUUACCUUUCCGUUGCAAAUGGGUGGCCUAUGGCCAUGCCAAAGUCUUUUGCUCUGUCCUUGUUAGUGACGGUUAGAAAGUCCCCGGGCGGGAAGAAGAGCCUGGGCCAGAAGAAGUCUGGCCGAAAGGGCGGAAGGAAGUCCAAGUCCAUCAGCGACUUGCUCGAGGUACAGAGCAGCCAGCAUGAGUGGUGGACCUACAAGUUCGCCAAGGUGGUCUCCUGGGUGGUCUUGGGUCUCUUUACGGCGGCCUCCGUGCUGCUGGUGGCCUUGUGGGCCAGGCACGAGCAUGAGGAGUCCUACGUGGUCACCUUGUUCGUGAUGGCCAUUGCGGCGAUGGCAUACUUCGCCAAGGUCACGGGCAUGGGCGAGGCGCAGAUUCGAGGCAAGACCAUCCCAGUCAUCCGCUACAUCGAUUGGAUCGCUACGACUCCCCUGAUGCUCUAUGAGCUUUGCACGAUCGGCGGUGCGGAGAAGCACACCAUAAUCAUCGUCAUCGGAAGCGAUAUCCUGAUGCUGGUGGGCGGCAUUGUCAGCGCCAUGAUUGUCCCCAAGGGCAAGGUGAUGCAGAAGUAUGCCUGGUUUGGCAUAUCCAUCUUCUUCUACAUCCUAAUGGUUGUGGCGCUGGAGGUAGAUGUUUCCUACGGCACCGUGUUGGAGCGUCCGCCAGAUGUGCAGCGGCUCUUCAAGCAGCUGUCUUGGCUGACAGUGAUCUCGUGGACGGGAUAUCCGAUCGUGGUCCUUCUAGGCCGGGCUCAUGCCGGCUUGAUCUCGAAAGGGAUGGAAGACGCACCUCGGCGGCACUGGUGUUCAGGGUUUCCAACCUUGGCAUGUGAAGGCCCCGGAGUUCUAGAGUCUACUAGCUUUCAAGGUAGGGUGUUGGGCUCUCGUGUUCGAGGCUUUAUGCUGUUCAAUUUAGGGUUAGGACUUCAGCGACGUGUCGCAUGA